CAGUGAGCUGCUGCUGCUGCUGCUGUUGCUGAUGCUGCUGGUGAUGGUGCUGCUGCCGCUGGCCGAGGUGCUGCUGCCCCGCUGACCGUAAAAGACGGACGAAAUGUGGGGAGGCGGCGGCGCGGCUCACGAUCCCUUCAUGGAAUGUGGAUGAGCAGAAGUCGUGGGACGCGGGGAGAAGAUUAAACGGCUGUUUUUGCGCGGAAAUGCGGGGAAACGAGGCUUUCUGACGGAGAGGAAAAACCCAAGGGGCCCUUGAUUUGAGGUGGAGCGACCGUUGGAGAAAGACCGUUGGAAAAAAACAGCCGUUACAGUUUAAAUAAAAAAUAAAAUAAAAUUCAAAAAUUCGAAAAGCAUGAACGCGCCGUUCUUCCCGCGGGGGCCGAGGCUGGAGCUCGCGCACACGGCGCUGGUGUGGGUGUGUGUGUCGCUGUGUGUCGUGUGUUCGGCGGUGGGAGAAGAUGAUUUUAGUGUGGAGGACUGGUUAGAGAGGUACGGCUACCUCCACCAUACUGAACCCAACAUGGCUGUCCUGCGCUCGGCCCAGACCGUGCAGUCGGCCAUCGCUGCCAUGCAGCGCGUCUACGGCCUCAAUGUCACGGGCAGUUUAGACCAGAGCACUAUAGCCUGGAUGAAGAAGCCGAGGUGUGGAGUCCCAGAUCAACUGAAGAUCUCCUCGAGCUCGAGGUCACGGAAGCGGCGCUACGCUCUCACCGGUCAAAAGUGGCAGCGUACACACAUCACAUACAGCAUAAAGAAUGUGACCCCUAAAGUGGGGGCCCGGGAAACCCACGAGGCCAUCAGACGGGCUUUCGAUGUGUGGCAGGGCGUCACGCCGCUGAACUUCGAGGCCGUCCCCUACAGCGCUCUGGAGAGCGGCAAGAGGGACGUGGACAUCACCAUCAUCUUCGCCUCCGGUUUCCACGGUGACAGCUCGCCCUUCGAUGGAGAAGGAGGGUUUCUGGCCCACGCCUACUUCCCAGGACCUGGCAUAGGGGGCGACACACACUUCGACUCAGACGAACCCUGGACCCUGGGCAACCCCAACCAUGAUGGUGAGAGAAUGGCAGGCAAUGAUCUGUUCCUGGUGGCAGUGCACGAACUGGGCCAUGCUCUGGGACUGGAGCACUCCAACGACCCCACCGCUAUAAUGGCUCCUUUCUACCAGUAUAUGGACACUGAGAGCUUCAAGCUGCCUCACGAUGACCUGCAGGGCAUCCAGAAAAUAUACGGUCCUCCAGACAGGAACCCUCAGCCAACCAGACUGCUCACAACAGCCCCGCCUCCUCGCCUUCACCCUCCCUCAGAUCCUCGUAAACCAGACCGUCAGAACCGCGCUCAUCGACCGCCACAGCGAUCCAAACCCUCCCACCCCAACUCCAAACCCAACAUCUGUGACGGAGGCUUCAACACCCUGGCCAUCCUACGACAAGAGCUGUUCGUCUUUAAGGACCAGUGGUUCUGGAGGGUGCGGGACAACUCGGUGGUACCUGGUUACCCCAUGCAGAUCAGCUACUUCUGGAAAGGCCUGCCGCCCAAGAUCGAUGCGGUUUAUGAGAACAGUGAGGGCAAGUUCGUCUUUUUUAAAGGUCACCGGUUCUGGGUGUUCAAGGAUACUACGCUGCAGCCCACGUACCCUCAGGACAUCUCUCUGUUCGGCAGCGGCAUGCCCACUCAGAACAUCGAGACGGCCGUGUGGUGGGAGGACGUGGCCAAAACCUACUUCUUCAAAGGGGACAGAUACUGGAGGUACAACGAGGACAUGAGGACCAUGGACCCUGGCUACCCCAAACCCAUCACCGUGUGGAAGGGUAUCCCUGACUCUCCUCAGGGGGCUUUCGUGGACAAAGCUAACGGUUUCACAUACUUCUACAAAGGGAAGGAAUACUGGAAGUUCAACAACCUCCGGCUGCGGGUGGAGCCCGGAUACCCCAGGUCCAUCUUGAGGGACUUCAUGGGCUGCGACGGCCUACCCUCAGACCCAGACUGGGACUGGAUCCAGCCGCAGGAGGAGGAGAUCCCGCACUACGACCACGACGACGUGGACAUCGUCCGCAAGCUGGAGAGCACGGGCGGCACCGAGAAAGCGGUGGCCAUCGCCAUCCCCUGCGUCCUGGCCCUCUGCAUGAUGGUCCUGCUGCACACCGUCUUCCGGGUCAAGAAGAAGGACACUCAGCGGCACAUACUGUACUGCAAACGCUCCAUGCAGGAAUGGGUUUGAAACGGAAGGGGGUUCAAUGCCCUCGUUCCAAAGACUUUUUAUGGAUCUUAUGGUUUGAGAAACCAACCUAAACCAUAGACGUUAAAAAUGUGACAGAGAUAAGACAUGUCAUGUGUUGGUUUCUUUGCCAACACCAAGGGAUGGUGUAGAACCUGCUACGCAGUCAGUAGAACCAAUCCAAUACUUUUGGUCAACCUCCUUUAAUACGAGGAACGUGACAUUGGUUCUUUCCAAAGGAGUGGUCUAGAACUUCUAUCAAAUCUCUUAAAAUGACCCAAGCAGGAACGUCUUUGACAGGAACAGUCCGUCAACUAUUUCUGGCAUUGAAGAAAGAAACCUCCUCAAAAAGGGGCAUGCCAUCGUCUCUUGCCAAAGUGGUGGUAGAAAGCAGAACUCGGAUCCUAUCAAAUUAGGAUCAGAUGGACGUGAGGAGGCCGAAACGAAACAGACAGCAUGCUGACGCUCGCCUCAUGUUGUCUGAUCGUUCUCUGAGCUGCUGUUGGUGUACAUGCUGUCCAAGCCAUUUCCAGACUUCUCAACUUCUUGAAAACGGGAACUCUGAACAAGUCAUCAUUUAAAAAUGGAAAUUUUCAGCGACAAAAUGAUGUAUCCUCCUUAUGAUGCACAGUUCAGCCAGAAUAUUACGACCACCUUUUUGUUUCUGCAUAUAGGACACUUCUAGAACACUUAGAUUCACAGAUUUAUAAUUACUGACUGAAGUCAUGUAUCUGUUUCUAUACAUACUUUACUAUCAUUCAACUUUUACCUGUACUAUAAAAAAGAAAACUUAAAAUUCUACUUAGUUCUACUAAAUGUGAUUUUUCAAGUCAACUGAACAAAAAAUGAAUUGAAUUGAACUGCACACUAAAAUCUAGCAAACUAAUAUAGCUUAACUAAUUGCCUCAACUAACUUUAUUAAGUUUCUUGUUUAAAAGUUGGUGUAUCUAAGAUGCUUUAUGGUGGUUUUCUCUCCUAAAGGUUGAAAGGAGGUUAAUAUAGGAUGAUAAUAGAAAUAGAAAAAUAUUGUAUUUUUCGAACCUUUUUCAGUGAGUUUUCAGUCAAGUUUCUCCAGCACUAAGGCUGGGUGCAGCAGCAUUAGCAGCAAUAGCUGCUAACAGCAGAGCUAGCGAUACAUAAAUGCCUCCCAAUAGCUCUAAACUAAGUAACCCUGAGUGUUCCUGUAUCCGAGGAUACUAUCAGCUGGGACUACAGUCAGAUAUACUCGCCUCUAAAUGGUGAAAGAGCUUGCGCUGCAGUUAGCAGCUAAUGCUAAUGCUAAUGCUGCUGCACCCAGCCUUAGUGCUGGAGACACUUCACUGAAAACUC